GGCACAUGAUAAGACCUUUUCCCUCUUUGGUUGACUGCUCCGGCUUUUUAUUUAAUUUUUGCUCAUUACUGAAGAGUUAAGCUUGCCAGUACAUCAGAAUAUACCAGAUUCACUGGUAGUGAUUUAGCACUUUCAAAAUGCUUGCUGACAAAAGAAGGAAGCUCGACCUCUCCAAGCUGACAGAUGAAGAGGCUCAACAUGUCUGGCAAGUUAUUCAGCGUGACUUUGACUUGAGACAUAAGGAAGAGGAGCGACUGGGGGAGCUUAAAUGCAAGCUUGAGAAAGAAGGCACUAAGAGAGAGCUGCUGUUAGGUCAAGCCAACUUGAAUGAGACGAACUGUGUUCAUUGUCUGCAGCCAUUCAAGUUCCUGGUGAACAGUAAACGCCAGUGUGUGGACUGCCACUUCUACACCUGCAAAUCAUGCAGCAAGUACAACAAAAGGGAGCAGGGCUGGGUGUGUGACCCCUGCCGUCUCUCAAGGAUUUUGAAGAUUGGUUCACUGGAGUGGUAUCAUGAACAUGUACGGUCCCGUUUCAGGCGCUUUGGCAGUGCAAAGGUUAUGCGCUCUCUUUACACUAGAUUACAGUCUGGAGAAAACAUAUCUCCUUCAUUAUUAGGUCUCAGGAACAGAGUAUUCAGUGUGCCCAACAUCAGUGAGGAGUGUGGGCCUGGCAGAAAAACUGGACUGCAGCAGCGAGCUGAUGAUGAUGGCAGAGAUGAAGAUGAUGGUAGAGAUGUGCUUGAUAAUUCAGAGACACAGCGUUACCUGCUGAUGCGUAGGACAAAGCGGCUGCUGUCCGUUCAUCCAUAUGAUUUUGAAACCGAUUCGGAUUACUCUGCUCAGUCUCGUCGAGCAUCUUUGGUACCUUUUAAUUCCACUAAUGAACAGGAACAUUUACAGCCAUCUUGUCCUGAUUAUACCACGAUGGUUGAAGGUGCAUCUAAGAAGGAAUCCUUGGUUGCUGAAGCAGAUGUCGCUGCUCUGUUCCAACAGAUUCUUCAGGAAAGAGGACAACAAAUGGUUAUGUCAGAGCAGGAGUUUAGCACAGAGGUCCAUGUUUUGGAAAACUCCAGAAGGAAAAGCUUGGAGAAAUCUCCUCAAAUAGGCAGUUCCAGUGGACCUCUAAAACAACCAAGCAAAUCUCAGUAUUAUGCAGACAUGGACACCUCUGAUGAUGAAAUUAGUGCCCCUAAAUUUCCAGUUUAUCAAACUCAUUUCAUAAGACGCAGAAGCCGAAACUCCUCUCAAGAAAAUCUGCACAACUCUGGAAGUCAGAUCUCUGAACUGAACAAGCGUAUGUCUGCUAUAGAACGCCUACUGAACAGACUGGAAGAGAAAAUCUCAUCACCUUCUCGUGAGUCUCCUGUUCUGACAGAUGCAGAUCUGGAAGAGGAGACAUUGCGAAAAAAGCUAGGCGAGUUAGCUGGAAAUAUUAGCGACAAAGAAGUUUCGUCAGAAGAGGAAGUGGUAAAGAAAGAAGAAGAGCAACUAGUAAUGAGCUCUUCAAGUGAUGAAAUGCCAGCAGAUGCACAAAAGGUAUACAUGACAAGCAGCAAAGCUUAUGGGCUAGAGAAAAGGCUGAGGGACCUGGAAGAAUGUGCAAAGAGCCAGAAGAGUGGUACCACUGAUUCCGAACUGUCUGAUCUCGAAGGCAGGGUGGCCUCAACUGUUGCUGAAGUUCAGCAGGCUGAAAGUGAGGUUUCUGAUAUAGAAAGCAGAAUAGCAGCUCUGAGUGCUGCUGGCCUUUCAGUUUCACUAGAUGAAAAGCCUAAUGAGAAAACAGGUGUACAGGGUAUAACUGCACAGCACUUUACAAAAAGAAAGUUUCCUCACUCAUUGGUAAUGCAAGAAAGUGCAGAUUUAUUUGACCGUAACUCCCAGUAUCGAGGAUCGCUUACUCAAAGAACUCCAGUGGGGAAAAAUAAGAGAACAGAUCGUGUGUUUGCGAAACCAGUGAUGACGCAGAGAUCCUGAAGAUGUACAGAAAUGCUGUGUCCACUGAGACAUACAAUGAAUCAUGCCCAGAGAUUUUUUCACUAUAUAAAACCACUUAUUAAGCAUAGGGAUGGUUUAUAUGAUUUUAUGAGCAAUAGGAAAAGCAUAGGCACAGACGCUGUGUUUUCAUUUUACAAUGAAGCCAUCAUAUGAGUUUGUCUAUUAGACUUUGUACAGUAGGUUUUGCGUUGGCACCAUUCUCUCUUGUUAAGUACCAGAGACUCUGAACUCAGUUGUAGAGGCGAUAUGUAUAUACUCUCUUUAAAAUGCUCUUCAUUAUGGCCUGUUUCUUAAGUGGGAUUACUUAUACACUGCUUGUCACUUUAACCAACUGCUAUCUGUAGUAUGCAUUAAGAAAACUGUUAUAAUAGAGAAAUCCAUAUGCAAUUUGCUAUAUGAAUUCUUGGCUACAGUCCAAAGAACAGCACAAAACAAAAGAAAACUACAGGAACUCAGAUGGCUUCUUUGCAGAAUGAUGUGCUGCAAUGAACACUGUCCGUUAAACAUUGUACGUUUUACAUAUGGUACUCUGAUGACAGGUUAGUAAAAGUAAACAGCUCUGUGAGCUCCAGCUUUGAACAGAUACUGUCAAAGCUUGAGUUAUGCUUCAGAAUUUUUUCAGAUGACUGAAAAAUGUUCUUGCUCUUUUUUGUGUUUGGCACUGCAUUCUUUCUCAGUUUAUAAGGAAUGUCAGUAUUUUAGAUCACUGUCAUGAAUUCGUUAAAUAUGACUCCCCUGACUUAAAAGAA